UCUCGUAGCGAAAGGUUGUGUUUGAGCGGGCGGCUUGUAUUUUCGUUGCGUUCGUUCUUUUUUAUUUUUAAUAUGUCUUUGUAAUGUACUUUGAGUUGAAAACGAACAACUCCACUCCAGAAGGGAAGUGCAAGGAAGGCGAACAGUAAAAAUAAACAAAAACGUUGUGCCCAGUUCUAAAAUUAAACCAUAAAAUUGGAAUACAACGCUGAGUUCAAAAACAAGUGUAGUUUGUGUUUAAAUAUUGCUCGGCGUCACGACUCGGCAUUUAUAAACGACAAUUGGAUUAACUUUCGUGGAUAUUUCUACAAAAACAAUCAUUUUCUCUUUCUGGAAAUAAAGCACUCCUUCGACUUUGGCCCACACGCUCAAAACUUGAGAAGACGAAUAGCGUAAACAAAUAUUGCCAUGCCGCACAGUGUUGCGCAGUCAGGAAACGCAACAGCAACGCGACACACGCAAUUGCGGGCGAGGUAACAUCACCGAGCGGCCAAGCAGCCAACAUGUUAGUGCUGUCAACGUAACGUGUCACAAACAGAUCACAAUUACACAGAUCACUGCGAAAGAGCUCAGAAUAUUGCUCCAAACUUAAACGUAAAACCCCUCAGUCCCUACUGUGCCCAACUGGACAACAACUCGUGAUCAAGCAACAAAUUGCCAUAUUCUUUAUUUCCAAAAACAUACACACACACACAUACACACACACAAACAUAACAGCAACAUGAACAGCAAGAACAGCAACAAGAUGAGCAGUAAUACCUCCCUGGAUAACUCCUCGGAUCAGGACUACACGGAAUUCCUCAAUGAGUAUUUGCUGCAAACUAAUUCGCCCAGCAACGAGCCAGAAACCCAUUACGAAGAUGGUGAGAUGGAGGCGGAAUGGCUCAUUGCCGCUGGAUUUCCACAAUUGACGAAGCCAUUCGAGCAGGGUUUUGAAUUAAGGACCACAGAGCUCGAACCCAUACUGGCUACACUAUCGAAGCCACACGCGGAGGCGAUUAAGCAGCGUGUUCGGGCACUUAAUCAAACGGUACGUGGACGCACAAAGAACCGUUCCAAGCGUAAGCCGGACAUUCGCGAUGUCUUCCGGGAUUUCGAUGAAUCGAGCACGGGCACAAGGUCGCGAAGCGCCACACCCGACUCUUUGGACUCUAUACAUGGCGAUGAGGUCUGGGGGAAUCCCUCCAUUCCGAGCUUUGUAAGCAUAUUUGAUCAUGGUGCUGGCAAUGAAAACGCCAGUGUCCAUCCUUCGCUGGGAAAGCAUCUCAAACAGAAACUGCGUCGCACACCCAGCGCCCCACAAAAGGGAUCUACGGAUAUAUUCCGCGGCUCGCACGUUCGCUGCGACAUACCGCUGUACUCGGCCGAGGGAAUCGAGCUGCUGGGCUUCUCGCGCAUCGGAACCAUACACAUACCCCGAAAUCGGUCGGGAUCAGAUCCAUCUUGCUCGGUUGGACGAGCACGCGGCCAACUUAUGCAGGAUUCACAGAGCGAUAACAAUACCUCGUCGGGCGAUUCCAGCGACGAAUGUCUGUCCAACACAGCACGCAUUUCGUCGUCGUCCUCGCCGGAGAAGAUUUUGAACAAAAUGCAACUGGAUACGCCGCCGCAAAGUGUGCAGAACUCGCCGUCGUCACGGGACGGCAUCAGCUUUGAGAGCAUGGUUCGGGAGACAUCUAGUCAGGAUGGCGUGGAUACGGUGGAUAGCAGUGAUAUGUCGUUGGAAUACUGCUCCGACAUCGAUACGAUUAACGAGAUAGACUUGAAGCGGUUGCAGACCAUCUUCUGGCUGGAGCUGGCCACCGUCUUUGAUCGCAAUCAGGUGUCCUUGGACAAGAGAAAACCAUUCAAGCGACGUCGCAAGGAGGAGGGAAAUCUCUUUGGGGUAUCGUUGAAUGCGCUCAUACGUCGGGAUCAGCAGCUUACCGGCAAGGACUCAACGCUAGUGCCACGUUUUCUGGAGGGUCUGCUUGACGAGUUGACGAAGCGCGGCGCCAAGGAGGAGGGCAUAUUACGUGUCGCUGGACACAAACAAAAGACUGAAUUACUCUACAACGAAUUAGAGUCGAGUUUCUAUCAAAAGCCAAAAAAAUUCGCACAGCUGCUGAGCAAUGCGAGCGUCCAUGAGCUGAGCGCGCUGCUGAAGCGCUGGCUCCGGGAACUGCCGCAACCGCUGCUCACCAACGAGCUCAUCCAGCUCUUCUAUCAGUGUCACACACUCCCGCCCACUGACCAAGUGCGAGCAUUGGCCAUUGUCUGCCAGAUGCUGCCGCAUGAGAACCGAAACACAUUGCGAUCGCUGCUGCGUUUCCUCAACCAUGUGAUUGAUUUGAAGGACACCAACAAAAUGAAUCUUCACAAUGUGGCCACGAUUAUUGCGCCCUCAUUUUUCCCGCCACGCUACAUACAUCCCACAGAUAAGAACAGUAUUGAGGAGCAGGUGAAGAUGGCGGCGCAAUGCUGCCGUCUCACCAAUGUGCUUAUCACGCGCGGUGAAGGACUCUUCCAGGUGCCCAAUCAUUUGAUCGAGGAGUCGCGCUCCAAUAAAGCAAGACAGGGCAAACGGGGGCAACAUAGGCGUGUCAAGGCCACCACAUCGCUGCUGCAUGCGGUCGCUCCCAGCAUUAUUGUCAUCGAGAGUCCCAGCCAUAGCAGUGCCGCCCGCAACACAAGCGGGAGCGGCAACGGCGGCAAUGGCGGAAUCGUUUCUCGCCAACAGUCCAUCAAUCCAAGUCAUGUGCAUCGUCUCGUCGUCUGAGGCAGUACGGCUCUAGAGUCGUGGCUUCGGCUUCUAUUUCUUCUUGGUGUCUUUAACAAUUUAUAGAAUUUAUACUUUUAAGUUUGUAUCGUCGUCUAUUUACCGAAAAUAAUUAGCCUGUAGUCGAGUUGGAACAAAAUACAAAAUUUCGAAGAGCUUUAGUUGAAAUCUAAUGAGAAAUGAGAAAAAAUUUCAUUGUAGAAGUAAACUUAGGUUGGUAGCUUUUAAAAAAUCAUUCAAUGUUAUAUACUUAUAUUAUGUUUAUGCCCGUUUGCAAUAUUUUUGAAACAAAACGAAUAACGAAGAGCAAUAUUCAUUUGUAAUGUUGAAGCAACCAAGAUCAGUUGGUCACAAUUUAGUCUCUAGUUUGAUUUUAAAUGUCAUAUCACAUGAAACGUAUUAAAACAUGCACAAAAAAAACACACACACACAUGUGUACGUAGGCACAAGGAAGCAACAACAACAAAAUUGACUUAAUUAUGGUUAAUUUAAAAUAAUUAUAUACACAUUACUUCUAAGAUGCAUGCAAAAAGUUAUGAAUUGUAUUUACAAAAAAAUAAAAAGCAUAUUCUAUCCAUACCCAAA